UCAAAUUUGCGUAAAAAUAGUGACCAAUCGUUUUGGAGACGGAAAUGCCUUCUUAACCAAUGAGAGACGUCUUUUUUCUAAUGUUCGGUUGUGCAAGCAAAAUGGCGGCGAAAGAGACAAUGAACGAAGCAAUUGAAAAGGUGUUGAAGAAAUUUAAUAUUCCGAGUUUGAAACGAGAACAGAGACAGAUAUUGCAGUGUCUAGUGAACUUGGAAGACUGUUUGGCGGUCCUUCCUACAGGAUUUGGAAAAUCUCUGCCAUUCCAGAUGGCAAUUCCUGUCCGGAGAGAGAUGGGCAUGAACGUUGGCAAAAUUUUAGUAUGUUGCCCGUUGAUUUCUCUUAUGCAGGACCAGGUGGCAUAUUUACGAAGUAUUUCCAACUUGACUGCAGCAUAUAAAGGGUCCAGUGAUGAGGAUGAUAGAAAUAUUCUUGACGGAAGAGUAGAUAUUGUGUAUGGCUCCCCAGAGGCAUUGGUUGGCAACCCAGAAUGGAGAGAAUCAAUGCGUAGUAGUCUUGAAGUCUCAACGAUUGUUAUUGACGAGUUUCAUACAAUAGCAACAUGGGGACAGAGUGAGGAUGGCAAAGAGGCAUUUAGGAAAUGGUUUGGACAUGUUGGAGAGCUACGAUCAUUAUUUCCAAAUACCAAUGUGUUGGCUCUGAGUACAACAUGCACGAAGAAAACAGCCAAACGUGUAAAGAAGUGCCUCAAUCUUAGUGACAAAUCCUUAGAAAUCAUUGUUUCACCUGAUAAACCUAACAUUAAAUUAGUUGUAAAAAAGGUGUCAAAAAAUAUAGAAACUGCCAUGUUUUGGCUGAUCGACCCUCUCCAAGAUUUAUGUGAAAAUUUCCCAAGGGUUAUAAUUUAUUGUACUUCAAUUAAUGAUGCGUCAAAAGUGUAUAAUUUUUUAAUUGAAGAGGUGCCAUCUUGUGUCCAUCAUAUUGACUUAUAUCAUUCAGAAACUGAAGACAUUAAGAAAGAUUUCAUAAUUAAUGAACUGAAAGAGUCGGACAGUAAACUUCGUAUACUAGUUUCAACAAGUGCACUAGGUAUGGGUAUAGAUGCCAAAGGUUUUAACAGUGUUAUUUUAUAUGGUGCACAGUCAAAUGUCUCAGAUUUUGUGCAAGAAAUUGGAAGAGUAGGGAGGGACAACAUGCCAUCUAUUGCUUUAGUAAUGUUUAAUUCGUAUCAUCAACGAUUGGCUGAUCAAGCCAUUAAGAAAAUACUUCUUACGAAUGAUUGUAGACGUCUUUGUCUUUUGGACAAUUUUUUGGAUGACCACGAACUGAUUAAAGUAAAAGAAAGUUUAGUGGGACAGCAUGCAUGCUGUGAUAAUUGUGCCCUCAACUGUAUGUGUAAAGAAUGUAUAUUAUUGCCAAUUGAAAAAAUGUAUGAUUUUAAUUUGAACACAGAGGAAAGUGAUGAUAGUGACAGUGAUAAAACAGAGGAAUAUGAAUCUGAUUAAGACUUAUAUGAACCAUUAUAACUCUAUCCAUCAAUGUUAAUUUCUUAUUGAUAUUUGAAAUUCAUUGUUAUGUGCUGUCUUAUUUACUGAAAACAAUGUGUAUAAGUCUGAAUUUGGAAUUUAUCUUGAAAUCACUGUAAAGGAUUUACAGUCUUUUGAUAGAGAGUGUUACUAGAGAAACAUGUACUUCAUUUCAUACCAAAACAUGUUCAACAAUGAUUAUAUAUGCAUAAAUUUGUUGAAGUUAAAAUUAGUUUCUGUUUCAUUAUUUAGACAGAAUUGUGUCGAUACCAGAUCAGUUGGUAAAAAAUUAUUCUUCACAUCGUUUUUAAAAUUUUAGAUAUGAUUUUAGACAUAAGCUAGGUAUUUUGGCUUUUUAAAAUUUUAAUGUUUUCAUAGAUCUCUUCUUCUGAGGGAGAUUAAAAAGAGUCUUAAAAUGAUCGGACAAUCUAGU